AUGUCAGAGACGCUGUCGCGCUACACAGUGGCGAGAAAUCCCGGAAGUAAAGCAGAAAAAUACUCAAGCGAAGGCAAUAAAGGAGAGUUAAUUUUAUUUUAGUGUUAAAGCUUUUAUUAUUCGCGAUAUCGCAUGCGGUUAAUGUGAAGUUUAUUAUUUAUUUCACCUGCGCAUUUCUAAGUUGGAAAUUUGUAGUUGUGCUUUGUUUUGUGUUACAUUUGCGAAAGGCGUCUCCCUGUGCGUCUCCCUGUGCGUCUCCCUGUGCGUCUCCCUGUGCGUCUCCCUGUGCGUCUCCCUGUGCGUGUGUUUAAUGUUCUGUACUGAACCCUGUGCGUCUCCCUGUGCGUCUCCCUGUGCGUCUCCCUGUGCGUCUCCCUGUGCGUCUCCCUGUGCGUCUCCCUGUGCGUCUCCCUGUGCGUCUCCCUGUGCGUGUGUUUAAUGUUCUGUACUGAACCCUGUGCGUCUCCCUGUGCGUGUGUUUAAUGUUCUGUACUGAACUCUGCUAUGGGAUGCUGCGGGAGCACAGGGAAAACUCGAGAGUGGAAGCCUUUAGAGGAUCGAAAAUGCACAGACAUCCCCUGGCUCAUCCUCUUCGCUUUAUUCAACAUCGGAAUGCUCUUCAUUUGCGGCUUUGCCAUAUCGACCGGCGCGGCGUCCCGGCUCAUCUCAGGAUACGACAGUUACGGCAACAUCUGCGGCCAGAGGAACACCAAAAUUCCCGGGAUCGAACUCAGUGGCCGGGACGAAACAUCAAAUAAGUUCGUGUUUUUUCUCGAUCCCUGUAACGUCGACAUCGUGAAGAGGAAAAUCAGAUCUGUAGCUCUGUGUGUCUCCAAAUGUCCAGAAACACAACUGCAGACUUACGACGAUCUCAGAAAGUUUUCCGAGACCAACGGAUCUAAUUUGUGUUCGUACGAGCUCGAUCCGAACAGAUAUCCGGACGAUCCGAACAGAGCCACGAAAUGCCCCAAACUUCCAGUUCCUCCCAGUCAGUCCUUACCGAUCUUCCACCGCUGCACUCCGGCCGACAUCUCCUGCUUCUCCAAGUUUGCCGAGGCUCUCAUCACGUUCGUCAGCGACAACAGCGUUCUGCACAGGGUCAUCGCUGGGGUCAUGACCUCCAAGGAGAUCAUUAUGGCCCUGUGUUUACUUUCGCUGGUUCUGUCCAUCAUUCUGAUGGGAGUGAUCCGCUUCAUCUCAGUAGUUCUCGUGUGGCUCCUCACCGCCGUUGUGGUAAUCGGUUCCUUAGGUGGGACUGGAGUUCUCUGGUGGCUUUAUGUGGACCACCGAGUGUCUGUCAACGCCACUCUGCCUGUGAGUGAGCUAGCCGUGGCGUUAGAUAACCAGAAAGCUCUGCUGAUCUACGCUAUAGGAGCUACAGUCUUCACGGUGAUCCUGCUGCUGCUGCUGUUCUUCAUGAGGAAGCGUGUAGCUCUGACCAUCGCUCUGUUCCGCGUGGCCAGUAAAGUGUUCGGUUUUCUUCCUCUGCUGGUUCUGCAGCCGUUCUGGACCUUCCUCACACUCAUGCUGUUCUGGGUUUACUGGAUCACCGUGCUGCUGCUUCUCGGCACCGCAGGAAGUCCAGUGAAGAAUAAUCAGACGGGGCUGGUGGAGUUCCGGAUGCACGAGCCGUUACAGUACAUGGUGUGGUACCACGCUGUCGGUCUCAUCUGGAUCAGCGAGUUCAUCCUGGCCUGCCAGCAAAUGACGAUAGCAGGGGCGGUCGUUACGUAUUACUUCACCAGGGAGAAGUCUCAGCUUCCUCCGACGCCCAUCUUGUCUUCAGUGAUGGAUCUGAUGCGUUAUCACCUCGGCACGGUGGCGAAAGGAGCGUUCAUCAUCACGCUGGUGGAGAUCCCACGCCUCAUCCUCACCUACAUACACAGCCAGCUCAAAGGCAGCGAAAACGCCUGUGCUCGCUGUAUGCUGAAAGCGUGUGUGUGCUGCCUGUGGUGUCUCGAGAAGUGCCUCAGUUACCUGAACCAGAACGCCUACAUCGCUACGGCGAUUAACAGCACCAGCUUCUGCACGUCUGCUCGAGACGCCUUGAUCAUCCUGGCGGAGAACGUGCUGCGCGUGGCCACCAUCAACUCCGUCGGAGACUUCGUCCUGUUCCUGGGGAAGGUUCUGGUCGUGUCCUGCACCGCGUUUGCGGGCGUACUGGCGCUGAAUUACCAGCGUGAGUACACGGUCUGGGUUCUGCCGCUCAUCAUCGUGUGUGUGUUCGCCUUCCUGGUGGCUCACUGCUUCCUGUCCGUGUUCGAGAUGGUGGUGGAUGUUCUCUUCCUCUGUUUCGCCAUCGACACCAAGUACAACGACGGCAGCCCCGGCAGGGAAUACUACAUGGACAAAGCCCUCAUGGAGUUUGUGGAGAGCAGCAGGAAGGCCGAGGUGGAGGGGAGGAAAGCAGAGGGUGGAGACAGCAGGGAGAUGAAACCCAUGACGGCAGGAGAGACGUUAGCGUAAAGAAACUUCAGGUGCUACUGAUUUAAUCUCAACACUCCAGGGAUGGAUUUUUCUUUAGGUGAUUAAUAAAUUGAUGACUGUAGCAUUAGGCCGAGGCGCUGUACGCUGUACAGCACCUCGCAAAUACAGCGAAUAAACUGUCGUUUUUUUGUAAAAAUGGUUAGCAAUAAUAUUUUGUACGUUCGUAGUCAUUUUAUACUCGUGUUUUUUUUACUUUCACGUUCUCUUUUUAUAAUGUUCUCCUUUAGAUAAAACCCGUACACCAUGUGCUCCCCCCUCUACUGAUGAAUUCUAUAAUAUGAAUUAUGUAGACAAGUCUCUCGUGUGUGCGGUGUGAAAGGGAAAUGCUCAACUAAUUAAAGGUGAAUAAAGGUUAUUGCAGGGUGAAUGGA